UUUACACGUCGUUGCGUCUGUUGCGAUUUGGAUUAGGGGAAAACUUGUAUUGAAAAGUGGAUCCAAAGACUGUUGGUACGGAGCAUUCAACGCGAGGCGCGAACAGAAACGCCGAAUUUGUGCUGAAUUCUUCUUUUCUUUCGUCGCUCGGUCGCCCGUCGUGUUGCCUGUUCCGAAUCUUUGGGGCUUUUUGCAUAAAAACAAAAAAAAGCGCGCUUGACUUGGCGCCGAAAUAUUAGUUGGUGUUCACUGCGAGAUUUAAUAAGUGCAGAGCGACGGUAAUAGAGGCUGCACCCUUUGCUGGACGGACGAGUAACUAACUAAUCGCAACCACCACAAAAAUUAGACGCUCAGACUACACACAGUAAACCAUCCAAAAUGGUCGACUACUAUCAGGUUCUCGAUGUGGCGCGUACAGCCACCGACGGUGAAGUGAAAAAGGCUUAUCGAAAAUUAGCACUAAAAUGGCAUCCGGACAAGAAUCCGGACAAUCUGGAUGAGGCCAACAAACGUUUUCGCGAGCUUUCCGAGGCCUACGAAGUGCUAUCCGAUGCACGUAAGCGCCGGAUCUACGAUGCCCGUGCCACGCUGCACAAAUCGUCGGCGAGCAACAGCAGCAGCGGCAGCUACUCCCGCUAUCGCAGCAGCGGAGGAGGCAGUGGCAGUGGCAGUGGCAGUGGCUAUGGUGCCACUUCAUAUGGCCGUGACUACGACUAUGAUUACUAUCCGAGCUCCGGCCGCAGGUCCGGCAACCGCUACCAGGCGUUUACCUUCCGUAACUUCUUUGAGGGCACACCAUUUCACAAACUCUUUGAGAAGAAACGUCGCAUCUAUGACGAGUACGGCAAGGAUGGUCUGGGCGAACGCGGCCAAAGCCGCAACUCUCAUGCCCGUCAUCAUUACAGCACUCACGACUAUGACGACUUUGAUAUUAUGGGCGGAUUUCCGUUCGUGUUCCGACCACCAGAGGAGGUCUUCCGCGAGUUCUUUAGCGUAAAUUCGCCCUUUGCCGGCUUUUUCAGAGAUGCUAAUGGAUACACAAAUGGGACAAUGAGCGGUGGCGGCGGUGGCUCGGGCAGCAGUCGACGUCAUGGAUCCAGUGCUGCAGGAUUUGGAGGAGGAUCGCGCCAUCAUCACCAUCACCAGCACAAAAUGGCCAGCCCAUUUGGGGCGCCCAUGCUCAACUACUCAAUGAUGGAUUUUUGUAUGCCUACCAGCGGUUUCGCCUCGUUCACAUCAAUGACUGGCAAUGGCAGCGGUGGUGUUGCCCACAUCUUUGGUGGCCCUAAUGAUGCCAUCAAGCGCACCUCCACAUCGACGGUGUUUGUCAAUGGCAAGAAGCUGACGACCAAGCGGGUCGUUGAGAAUGGCAAGGACACUGUCUUUUCAUAUGAAAACGAUGUCCUUAAAUCAAAGACUGUGAACGGAGUUUCCCAAAAGCUCUCUUCAAUAUCUAAUUAAUGCAAGAAACAAAUAUAUAGCAUAUAUACAAGCAGCGGCAGCGGCAUCGACGACGGCGGCGGGGCCACAGCAACAAUCAACAACAACAAAAAAGUCAUAAAUGUAAAGAAAAAGGAGAAAACAUUAACAAACACAAGAGGAACCUAUGAUUCCUUGAAUGCUUCGAUACGUUCAUGAUACGUUCAUUAAUUUUGUUCUACAUUAGAAUCUAGUUAUUUUUUAGUGGAAAGAACAGCAGUAGCAGAAACAGCGGCGUAGAAUCAGCAAGAGCCGAAGCACACCAUAAAAACACAGAGCAGCAACAGAGGAGAAAGGACCGAGAAAACAUCAGCAGAAACCGAUUUUAGAAUCAGAAGCGACGGCCAGGAGUCGAACCAAAAUUCCUUGUCAAUGCCAGUUAUCUUUUGCAGCACUUUGAUUCGAAAACUGGCCACAUAAUCCAAAUUUUAAUGUUUUGUGGUGCGUUGUUUCGAGACACAAUGCCAGAAAAUAAAACAAAAGCUCCAAAAUGAUUAGAGCAGCUACUUAAACACAGAACAUAACCGAAAAUGCUGUACGCUUAAGCAAUUUAGCCACUAAUUCUAAGGGCUGAUUUGAUCGCUCUUCCGAGGACGGGAGUGUGUCUGUGCGUGCGUGUAUAUGAAUUGGGGGGAAGUUGGGUGGGAAUUAAAUAUAUAUUUUAUGUAUGUACGUAGCUAUCUACCUUUAGUCACUUAAGUUGCCACAAUACUUACUAGAGAAAAGAAAAGAAAAAAAAACUAAAAAAGAACCAGCAAAACAGCAAGAAACGAAAUCGAAAACGAAACACACGAGUGCGAGUUCUCUGCGCUGAAUAGAGGAAAAGAAAAACCUAAAACUACAUUUCUGAUGACAUUAAAUGUUUACAUAAAUAUAAUUCAUAAUUUAAAACUCUGUUUUAAUUUUAAUGCCGUAUUUCAUAGCGUAUAGUGGUUUUUUAAAUGCUUAAGCCUAUUCUCACAUAACCACAAACGAAUUCGCGGAGAAAACAAAUGAAAAUAAUCUAACAUAAUCAAUCGCCAAUAA